AUGCCAGAGAGGCUGAGAAAAAUGAUGAUGGAUAUGCAGGCACGCUUGGUGCUGGUGUGGAUUAGUGUGCUUCCGCUGGUGCAGCCCAUCCCGAUGGAUGCUCCGCAGAACCUACAAGACAGGGAUGUGUUAACACUCGAUGGGUUGAACGUUGAUGCAGCUGCCCUCAGCCGUGCUAAGAGAGGCUGGGUCUGGAAUCAAAUGUUUGUGCUGGAAGAAUUUUCUGGGCCCGAACCUAUUCUUGUUGGACGGUUACACACGGAUCUUGACCCAGCGAACCGGAAUAUCAAAUACAUCCUGUCAGGAGAGGGAGCAGGGACAAUCUUCAUGAUCAAUGACAUGACAGGGGACAUCCAUGCCAUGAAGAGGCUUGACCGCGAGGAGAAGGCCGAGUACACUCUCACCGCGCAGGCCAUCGAUCGAGAGACCAACGACCCACUGGAGCCCCCAUCAGAAUUCAUCAUCAAGGUUCAGGAUAUUAACGAUAACGCGCCAGAGUUCCCGGAUGAGCCUUACCAUGCAUCUGUGCCAGAGAUGUCUCCCGUGGGCACUUCUGUCAUGGGGAUAACAGCCACAGAUGCCGAUGACCCUGUCUAUGGGAACAGUGCUAAACUGGUCUACAGCAUCCUGGAAGGGCAGCCAUAUUUUUCUAUUGAGCCGCACACUGGAGUAAUAAGGACUGCCCUUUCGAACAUGGACCGAGAAGCCAGGGAAGAAUACCUCGUGGUGAUACAAGCAAAGGAUAUGGGAGGUCACAUGGGAGGACUGUCUGGGACCACAACCGUUACCAUCACACUAACUGAUGUUAAUGACAACCCUCCCAAGUUUACCCAGAGUCUCUACCACCUGUCCGUGCUAGAGAACAUGCCGGUUGGAGAGGUCGCUGGAAGAGUCAAGGCAAAUGAUCGGGAUGUGGGACAGAAUGCCAGGUCUUUGUACGAGAUCAUCGAUGGAGAUGGCAUGGAUGUGUUUGAAAUCACCACAGACUCCCAGACCCAGGAGGGAAUUAUCACUCUUAAAAAACCUCUGGACUUUGAGACCAAACGAUCCUAUACCCUGAAAGUGGAGGCAGGGAACACCCACAUCGACCCACACUUCAUCAGCAAAGGACCUUUCAAAGACACGGCAGCCGUGAAGAUCACUGUAGAAGAUGCAGAUGAGCCUCCCGUAUUCUCGUCGCCAGCCUAUUUCUUGGAAGUGAGGGAGGACACUGCCCUGGGCUCAGUCAUUGGAGAGGUUCAAGCUCGUGAUCCUGAUGUCAUUGAGAGCUCUAUAAGGUAUUCCAUUGAUCGUCACACCGACCUUGAGAGACUGUUCAACAUUAAUACUGAUGAUGGAAAAAUAACAUUGGCAAAGCCUCUGGACAGAGAGACUGAUGUUUGGCACAAUAUCAGCAUAAUCGCCAUGGAAACCCGGAAUCAUAGCCAAGUGACCCGGGUGCUUGUAGCCGUUAAAGUUCUUGACAUCAAUGACAAUGCUCCUGAGCUCUCCUCGCAGCCUGAAGCUUACUUGUGUGAGAAUGGAAAGUCCGGCCAGGUGAUUCAGACGGUCAGUGCAACAGACAGAGAUGACCCAAAGACUGGACAGUAUUUUUUCUACAGCCUGGCGCCUGAGGUUUCCAGAAACCCCAACUUCACGAUCAAGAAUAAUGCAGAUAACUCAGUGAGCAUACUGGCAAGGCAUGGUGCUUUCAACCGACAGAAACAGGAUGUUUACCUUCUGCCCCUCAUCAUCUCGGACAGUGGGACCCCCCCCAUGAGCAGCACCAACACACUCACCAUUCGCGUCUGUGGCUGCAGUGCUGACGGAAAUGUGCAGUCCUGCAAUGUGGAAGCUUUCGUCCUUCCCAUAGGGUUAAGCAUGGGGGCUCUCAUUGCAAUCCUGGCAUGCAUUAUCCUCCUUCUGGUGAUUGUGGUACUCUUUGUAACAUUACGAAGGCACAAGAAUGAACCACUUAUUAUCAAAGACGACGAAGAUGUGAGAGAGAACAUCAUUCGUUAUGAUGAUGAAGGCGGUGGGGAAGAGGACACCGAAGCCUUUGACAUCGCCACCUUGCAAAACCCUGAUGGUUUCAAUGGGUUCCUGCCCCGGAAGGACAUCAAACCUGACCUACAGUACGUACCCAGGCAGGGACUCCCACCUGUCCCCAAUGGAGUUGACGUGGAUGAAUUUAUUAAUGUGAGGCUCCACGACGCCGACAUUGAUCCCACUGCCCCUCCUUAUGAUUCCAUCCAGAUCUAUGGCUACGAAGGGAGAGGGUCAGCAGCUGGUUCACUAAGCUCAUUAGAAACAACGUCAACAGAUUCAGAGCAAAACUUUGACUACCUCAAGGAUUGGGGCCCAAGGUUUAAAAAACUCGGGGAUAUGUACGCAGUUGGAGAGAGCGACAGAGAAACUUGA